AUGCACUCAUGUUGGAUUGGUUCGCUGUUACUACUAGUGGGACUUAUGUUUUUUAGUAUUGUUUGCCGAGCAAAUGGAACGGAAGUGAAGCCGCUGGAAGAAAGUGCAGAGGAUAUUUGUGCGGCCAUGAAGUCCCUUAAUACCGUAAAUAACACUGUACAAAAUAUUAUUACCACCAUACGCAAUCACAAGGCGAAAUUGAUACGCUAUCUCCAGGAUGUAGAGACGGCAUUUGAAAGGACGAGUAGCGCAGCCGCUGCAGCGAAACAAUACGGGGGAACCUUCCGAACUGCGUCGGUGGCAUCAAAAAUUGCGAAUGACGCAAUGUCCAACUCCACGCGGGCCAUGUUGGAUGCUGAAACGAGUCACAACACGACUCUUAUUAUUGAGGCGGCGGCGAAUAUUGAAGCACAGAGCGCGAGAGACAACGCAACUGCCGCCGCUGUGGCACUUCAGGCGAUAUGGAAAACGACAGUUGGCACUGCCAGACUUCAAGCGAACCAUACGGAUUGUGUGUAUACACCAGCUGAUCAGAUGUUGACGUCCCAGAAGCUGAAUGAGCACAAAGAGAAGCUGGUGGUAACAGAUAGCAAAUAUAAUGAUGAACACAAGGAGUUGAAGGAGCUUUGGGCGCGGAGUUAUCUGAAGCUCUUCCUCCCGCUCGACCAGCUCCAUAUGUUAUUGCAAAAGUUGGAAUGGGAUGUUGCCACAACGUCAGAGAUGGAAACCACUGCAGAAAAGGCAGCUGAUGCAGCAGUAGCGGCGCAAGAGGAUGUUGAGAAGGCGGCAGAGUUGGCGGCGGAGAGUGCGACAGAAUCUGUACGGGCAAAACGAUACUCUGAUCGUGUCGCAAGAGGGAAUAUGAAAUUUAAAACCAUCGCAGGAUUUCAUGAGGAACCUCUACCCGAGGUCGUCCCUCGUCCCGGGGCAAAGGCAUCUGCCGCGUCCGAUCCAUUGGAAAAUGAAGACGGCGCUUUUUAUGUGUCCAGGGGAAUAAUGCCGCUCAGUCAAGCUUUUUUCGUAAUUGCGUUUACCAUAUAA